AAAGCAGGUGUUAAGCAGGUUUUAAUCAAGACUCUUGCAGACACCAAUGAUGAAGGUCUUGUGGUCUCUGCUGGGGCUGUUUCUCCUCUACCUCUCCACCGAAUGUUUGCUGCCACCAUCCAAAGAAGAGCUUAACCAGAUGUCGCAAGUUGGUGAGAAAUACCUGGACAGGCAGAUUGAAAAUGCCAUCAGUGGAGUGAAGGAGAUGAAGACUGUGAUGGAGCGAUCCGAAGAGGAGCACAAGAGGAUGCUGUCGGAGAUGGAGAAAACCCAAAAAGAGAAAGAGAAUGCCCUGAAGAUGGCUCAGGAGAUGAAGGAGAAGCUCAGUGAGGAGCAGAGUGUGUGUAAUGAAACCAUGGAGGCUUUGUGGGAAGAGUGUAAGCCCUGCUUGAGGAAGACCUGUGUGAAGUUUUACUCACGCACCUGCAGAAGCGGAUCCGGCCUGGUGGGACGUCAGCUGGAGGAGAUUUUGAACAGGACUUCUCCCAUCUCCAUCUUCAUAAACGGCCAGAGCAUCGAGACCCUGCUGAGUGAGGAUCAGCAGCAGACCAGACACUUCCAGGACCUGGAGGAAAGUUACACUGAGGUUUCAGAUGGAGUGGAAAAUAUGUUUACGGACAGCAUGAAGGUGUUUGACCACAUGCAGAUGUUCCACCAUCCCGGCUUCUUCCCCAGUAGAUUCCAGUUUCCCAGUAUGUUUGGUGGGCAUGAGGGCUCCACCCAUGCUGGCCGCAUCUAUAGGUCUCCAAUGCAUGACUCCUUGUUUCACAGCCUCCAAAGCUUGUUCAGGCCUAUGGAGAGAUCCAUGAGCAUGUUUGGAAAAAAUGAAGAGAGGAACUUCACCUCAGAAGGUUGGAAAUUGAAUGAGAAAGUUACUACAGAUGAUAAGAUGACUUGCAAGGAAAUCCGUCGCAAUUCUUUCGGCUGCGUCAAACUGAAAGACGAGUGUGAAAAAUGUCAACAGAUCCAGCAUAUUGACUGUUCUGGAAAGAGGCCCCUGGAAGGGCCCCUGAAGGAGGAGCUGGAGAGGGCUCUGGGCAAGGCAGAGGAAUUCACCCAAGAGUUCAACAACCUGUUAAAUAUAUUCCAGGAGCAGAUGUUCAACACCUCAAGUCUGCUCGACCUGUUCAACAAGCAGUUCGGCUGGGUUUCCUCUCUCGCCAACCAUACCCAAAAUGAAGACGGCUUCUUUCAGAUACAGGCAGUGAUGUCCAAAGGCUCAGAUAAUGCAGAGAAUCCUGCUGACACCAGAGUGUCUGUCAAACUGUUUGACGGGCCUGAUAUGAUCUACACAGUGCCAGGAGAUAUUCCCUGGAGCGACCCAAAAUUCUCUGAAGUGGUGGCACAGGAAGCUUUGGAUCGCUACAAACAGAACGCUGUAAUCACAAAGCUAUAGGAUUCCCGAGAACAGACACUUCCAAUCAAGAAAAUAUGUUCUCCAAGAAAUCUGAAAAGCCCUCCAAUAUCCUUGCAGUAUGAAUUACAACACAUUAUUAUACCAAGAAAUAUUGUACUCAAGUAGCUGGAUAUCAGAUGUCUAGCAUCAUUCCUGCUGUUCUCAUCCUGCUUCACAUUCAGGGUCGCUACAGAGAUUGUUUAGAAUAAGUGCUUAUGUAAUGAGCUUAUAAUCGAAUGCAUUGUCAAUCAUCAAUAAAACACACCAAAUCCA